UGCCGGUGAACCUGGAGCUGCAGGAGCUGCUGCUUGACUACAGCUUCCAGCAUCUGGGUGUCUCCUCACAGGGCUGUGUCGAUCAUCCCAUAGUUUUGACAGAAGCCGUGUGCAACCCACUGUAUUCACGACAAAUGAUGUCGGAGCUUCUCUUUGAGUGCUACGGGAUUCCUAAGAUUGCCUACGGAAUAGACAGCCUCUUCAGCUUCUACCACAAUAAGCCAAAGAGCUUGAUUUCCAGCGGGCUCAUCAUUUCAUCUGGAUACCAGUGUACACAUAUUUUACCCGUCUUAGAAGGGAGGUUAGAUGCUAGAAACUGCAAACGCAUCAAUCUGGGAGGAAGCCAAGCAGCUGUCUACCUCCAGCGUCUCCUGCAGCUGAAGUACCCUGGGCACCUGGCGGCCAUCACUCUCAGCCGCACGGAGGAGAUCCUGCACGAGCAUAGCUACAUCGCGGAGGACUACUUUGAAGAAUUGCAGAAAUGGCGGUGCCCCGAUUACUACGAAGACAACGUCCACAAGAUGCAGCUCCCGUUCUCCAGCAAGCUGCUGGGCAGCACCCUGACCUCCGAGGAGAAGCAGGAGAGGCGGCAGCAGCAACUGCGGCGGCUGCAGGAGCUCAACGCCCGGCGGCGGGAGGAGAAGCUGCAGCUCGACCAGGAGCGGCUGGACCGGCUGCUCUACGUGCAGGAACUUCUAGAGGAAGGCCAGAUGGAUCAGUUUCACAAAGCUCUGAUGGAGCUGAACAUGGACUCCCCAGAAGAGCUGCAGUCCUACAUACAGAAGCUCAGUUCAGCAGUGGAGCAAGCUAAGCAGAAGAUCCUUCAAGCAGAGGUCAACCUUGAGGUGGAUGUGGUGGACAGCAAGCCAGAGACCCCGGACCUGGAGCAGCUCGAGCCGUCUCUGGAAGACGUGGAAAACAUCAACGACUUCGAACCCUUGUUUUCAGAGGAAACGCCCGAAGUGGAGAAGCCAGUGGCCACAGUUCAGCCCGUGUUUAACUUGGCAGCGUACCACCAGCUGUUUGUUGGGACAGAAAGAAUUCGAGCUCCAGAAAUCAUCUUCCAGCCGUCCCUCAUAGGAGAAGAGCAGGCGGGUGUAGCGGAGACGCUCCAGUACGUCCUAGACAGGUACCCAACGGACGUUCAGGAGCUGCUGGUUCAGAACGUUUUCCUCACUGGCGGGAACAUGAUGUACCCUGGGAUGAAAGGCAGAAUCGAGAAGGAGCUUUUGGAGAUGAGACCCUUUCAGUCUUCUUUUCAGGUUCAGCUGGCCUCGAACCCCGUGCUGGAUGCCUGGUACGGUGCUCGUGACUGGGCCCUGGACCACCUGGACGACGAAGACGUCUGGAUCACCAAGAAGGAAUACGAGGAGAAGGGAGGUGGCUACCUCAAGGAGCACUGUGCCUCCAAUGUUUACGUCCCCAUCCGCCUGCCCAAGCAGGCCUCACGCUCCUCAGAAGCCCAGGCAUCAGGCAAAGGCUCGGGGGCCAGUGGAGGCGGUGCCAGCGAGCAGGCGUAGCCGAGGGGCCCCUCCAGGGACCUUCAGCUAUGUCAGCCAGUGUGACAGGGCAGUGACUCUGUCGGAUGUGCCUGACCCGAGUCGGCUGGGAACAUUUGGCUACACGAUGGAUUUCUUUCUCCUGUGGAGAACAGUUAAGAGCCACUGGGAGCUACCCUUCAGAACUGUGUUCAUCUGGGGACAUCUGCAGUGAAGGGACUGUAAGAGGCCACUGGCUUUGCUGAGCUGUGAAUGAAGACAGCGUGGGGGACGGGGAUGCAUGAGCUGCACAGGCUUCCUCCUCCCUGCAUUUUAAAGCCUUUUUUGUUUUUUGGUUUUUUUUUUUUAAUCCUUUAAAUUUUGUACUGUCAGUGUAGAUAUUCUUCUAAAUUUAUUAAAAAUUGUGUAGAUGCCCAGCAGGGGGCGUUCUUUCACAUACACAGGAAAAGGAUACUGUUCAUGGCAAUAAGAGCAGUCACCCACGAAGUCUCAGGGGCUGGAAAUACUUCCCCUCUCCUGUAUUUCUGCUUAGGAAUGAAAGGGGCCCAAAGAGAGAAAUCACAUUGUAUGAAGUCACUCUGUUAGGGGCCGGCCUGCCUGGGGCCCACUUAUGAGUGGGCAGAUGUGGGGCUAGUAGCCCAAAUAUUGUUUAUAUUUUCUUUGCUGGAAAUUUUUCCACCACAUGAGACUUUUCUACAGUUUUUAGAAAUUUCUGUCCCUGUGAGUUUCUUGGCUGCUUAACUUUUUCAGGCCUUUUUGAAGAAAGAAACAGACUGGAAAGGGUUGGUCCUGUACCCUUUUCACAACCUCACAUUCCCUGGACCUUUGCAGCUUCAUCUUAAAUGGACAGAUAACCCCUCUCUUUUACAGAGAUUGUUUGGUGAGAAUUUUAACUCAGACACACCCAGUAAUCGAGCCCAGAAGGCCCCUGAGCUGCUAGCAUCCUUGUCACAGAAUCCAUACGUCUAAAUCCCAUGGAAUCUCUAGCCCAUCCUCUGAUGAGGCCACCCCAGAACCAGGCUGCCCAUACAGUUUACCAGGGAUGAUCGCCUGCAUCUCUAGUUCUCAAGGGCUGAGAUGCUGAAGACCAGAAAGGGGCAGUGGUGGUGGAGGAGGAGGAGGAAGACUCAGGCUGACUCAGGAUCUCCCAAGGCCUUGCCAGGGAGCGCUCAGCCAUCCACAGCUGGGCCCAAGGACUGAUGAGACAGUGAUAAUGAGCAUGAGCUGUCAAGAAAGGACAGUUGCAAAGAAGGUCGGACCAGCCUCCAUAGGAGAGGUUUUCAUAUCACAUUUCCAGGAGGAGGAGUGAUGCUAACUACUGUUAGGCCUGGGGAGAUGGGGGCCUUUCUCCCAUAGUCAACAUUUUAUUUUUAAACGCCUGACCAGCAGCAGUGAAUGCAGAGGAGUGCCAUGGAAGUCAAGCCUUGAUGAGAAAGGACCCUGGGUGGGCAGGUAAGCUGAGACACAGCAGAGUCAGACAGCAAGUGUUAAACUAGGCUUGAAACUGGGGAAGUGGGCUGUGAUGAGGCUGAGCCUUGAGCUCUCCUACUUUAUCUCUGACCCCUCACACUGAGUGUGCCGUGACCUCCCAGGACACCCCUCAUGCACAAACCACCAGCUGAGCACUCAUCAUGAUACUGUGAGCUUUUUCUCUGCCCCAGGGUGGUCUCUUACAAACUGUCAAGUGUUCCCUGAGAUUAUGAUGUUGGUUUCAUUCAGCCUGGAGAAUCCACAGCCCAGUGCUGGACCUGGAGGGUGCUGAGGGCUCACAGGAUUUUUACUGAAUGACCAGCUGGUUGGGUAGAUAAAUGAAUGAUGAAAUCUCUGAACAAAGAAAAUUUGAGAAUAGCUUGUUCACUCUGUUAAGAGGAACCAUACUGAGGAUGUCCCCUCAGCCAAGGAGCGUUACUCAUGGAGACAUCUUAAGUCUUCCCUUUGACCCUGCCAAGACUAUUCCAGGAUAGGAGGUGGAUAUGACUAUAUCUGAGUGGUCUGGGGGCAGCUGUGAAGGAUCAGACACCCAGAACCCAGCUUCAGGCUUUUGUUUAGGGUUGUGGCAGGAGGAGGUAGCCCAGGGAAGGGAGAAUCUGUCUUAAGAUCUAACUUAGCUCUGGGGUUGAGUCAGGGCAGCUCUGAAGGUUGGGUGGCCACGUAGAGUGAUCAGGGCCUCUUCCUGGCUAAGAUGUGGUAGGGGUAUCCCACCAACCUGCUCUGCCUUCAUCCCCCGCCCCAACCUUUGGACUAAAGCAAACUUUUACUGUUCACAGAGUUACAUCUGAGUUGCAAAAUCUUUUCCCCUGUGUUUCCCCAUUCAUUCUGGGCUGCCACAAUCUGACAAAGUAUAAGGACACUUUUUUCUUGCAUUUGUAGUGGAGCCUCUGCCUUCCUUUGCAUUUUGCCCUUUCUGCCUCCCGUGGGCAUCUCUGGAAAUAAACAGUUUUACCACAGCUGCAAAAAAAAAAGUGGAAAGGUAAGAAAAUAGAAUUUAAGAGUGAAAUAAAUGUUAAAAUACGGGCAGAGAACACUAAACCAAGAAGUGGAAAAAAAACAAUUCAUUCAAAUAUAAUAUGCAAAGAUUAUUUUAUGCCUACCUAAGGGAUUAAGUGAAUAAGAUGAAGUCUUUCAUUAUAGAACUUUGUGAUUGAAUCAUUUCAAGAAAAUUAGAAAAUGAGAGAACAGAAGAUUAAAAAUGUAGGCAAAGAGACUGUUUACUAAAUAAGGUUUCUUUCCCCCUGAGCACGCAGCUGCGCUGUAUUUCCCAGCCUCCCUUGCAGUUAUACAUGUAGCCACUGGAGUUCUGGCCAGUGGAGUAUCAGCAGAAGAGGUGUACACCAUUUCCAGGGCUGUCUUUUACAAACCCCCCCCCCACAGGAGCCCCUCUUUCCCUGUCCACUGGCUGAACAGAGAGCAGUCUUAAGACCCAAGAGGAGCACGGAGCCACAACAUGGAAAGAGCUGAGUCCUUAAAGGACUGCUUGGAGCAGAGGCCCUGCAGAUUCUUCACUACAUGAGAAAUAAACUCUUACUGUAUGAAGCCACUGAGUGCUUUGGCCAUAUCUGUUACAGCAGCUAGCAUUAUUCUAACUAAAACUGUAGGUUAAAAAUAAAAAUUUCGUUAACUUCAUGUUAAUUAGGAGGGUUUGUUAAGGUGGAAAAGUUUUAAAAUAAUAUGAAAUAAGGAGAACAGUGUGACAGAUAGUCAUCCCCUUAGUUAGGAAAUGGGAAGAAUUCCUUUUAUAGUGCAGGAAGAUCAAGUGAGAAAGUGAAAUCACCCAGGGAUUCCAGGAAACAUGGCAGACUAAGCUGACCCAGAAAGACCCCUUACGCCUACUACAAGAUAUACAGGAAGUUGAUAAAUAUAACUUAAAAAGUAAUGCUGAACUUAGAAUCAUAGAUACCAUGAAAAAUCAUGGAAAUCAGAAAUGAAUACCAAAAGAUCCAGAUUGCUAACUGAAAGUUGGCACCGAGGCAAGCCUUAGGUUUCAGAAAGAGACGUAAGUCUUUGGGGUGGGGAGGGACUGCAAGUUUUAAUGCCUAAGCAGGGACCAGAGAUGUAGCCUGGGCCCUCCUGAAGGGAGGAAACUGGAAUAAACUCCCCAAAUAAAUAAUACUAACUCAGCAAGAGUAAAUGCAAAGAGACUAGAAAUAGAACCAAUAAAUCCAAACCCUAGGGAAAGCCAAGUCCAGUAGUAGAAGGAAAGUUUGGGGGCAGGGCGGGUAGAGCAGCCUAGUUAAUACGAAAGUAAAAAAUAAAGUGGCAUAAAUGAGUUCAAGUAUGUUAAUCAUAAUGUGAAUAGAUUAAAACUGGCCUGUCAAAAGAAAAAUGAAAGAAAAGAGAUUGGAUUGAAAAUACACUAUAUAGCUGUAAGCUGUAGACAGAUUAACAAUGUAAAGGGCUAGAAGAUAAACCAAGCAGAUGGAUACGAAGCAACUGAUCUGCUAUAGUCGUGGUGACAUCAGGAAAACAGUCUUUAAAGCAAAAAAAUAUAAUUAAAAAGGGAAUCUUCGCUUAGUAAUAAACAGUUCCCACAGAGAUAUAACAAGCCUGAACCUAACCUGUGUGCCUCGGAUCAAAUAGCCACAAAGUGAAUAAAGCACAAAUUGACAGGAUCGUAAAGUGAAACUGACCAAUGGAAAGCGCCCAGGAGGCUCAGGAUUCAGGAGCUGCGACGACGAUGAGACCCAGGAGUCGGGUGGGCCUGGCACAUCCGGGCUCUGGGCAAAGUCCAGUCCCCUCGGUGCAGCAAAGGGGGACUUGAGGCUCUGCAGCUAUACCUGGACUCCUAGCCUCCCCCUCGGGCCAUCCCAAGGCCUGGGCUCACUGGAAUGUUGGCUGUGGCGCUGAUGGUCCCCGGUCCUCUCUGAGAAUGGCUGUGUUCAGGAGGAAGGGAGACCUUCAGCUGGAAGCCACAUUCUUUCUUCCUCUGGCAGCAGGUGUACCCCCUCUGUUCUUCCUCCUGCCUCUGCUGGCCCCUCUGGCCUGCAGAACUCUUGUGGGUCAAUCUUAGAGUAGAAGCAGACGUUCGCGGAGGCUGUUGGAUAAAACCCAGUAGGAAAAACAGGCAGAUAAUUCCGUCAAGUGCAUUCUGGUAACUUGGGGGUGUCUGGGACCCCAGUCUCCCUGCCCCCCACUUCAUUCUUUCCAUUGCUUCCCCUCCUGCAGCUCCUGGCAAACAGAGCAGCCCCAGGAUUUCUUCUUGUCCAGCAAACCUUAGGGGCAUAGGAGCCUGCCCCAGCAACUCUGCCCUCUGUCCUUUCAUCACUCAUCUGCUUGGUGGCCAGGACCCUCACCUUGGGGAGCAGCCGAGGUCAGGGUGGGCAUCACAACUCAACAAAGGCAGCUGAGCCCUGGGAAGUGGCAGAUGGACACUGACCUACUUACCAGCUUUUCCCUUUCUGUUCCCUCCUUCCACGAAGUCCUCUCCUUUAUUCUCCAAUUCAGCUUCUUUUUCUGAGCACCCACUGUGUCCCAGGCUCUCUUCUCUCGGCCCCUCACUUGUCAGUGCUCUUUUUCCUGUCUCAGGCUCAGGGAACCCCAUGGAAUCUGACUGUCCUGGUGACACCAGAGCCAUUUCCCAUACCACACAUUUUCGCUGACCAGUCACCAUGAGGUCAAGAUGAGUCUGUGCUAUAGGGAAAAUAAGGGUGGUGGAAUGGGUUGAAUAGUGUCUUCCACCCCUCAAAUGCUAUGUCCAGGUCCUAAGCCUGUGAAUGUGACCGUAUUUGGAAAUAGGCUCUUUGCAGAUUAAGAAUCUUGAUGUGAUAUUCUGGAUAUAGGGUGGGCCCCAUAUCCAAUGAAUGGUGUCCUUGUAAGAGGAAGGAGAGGGAGAGUUGACAACAGAGGGACGAAGCCAUGUGAAGACAGGCAGAGAUGCGGUCACAAGUCGAGAAUACCAGGAGCCACUAGAAGAGGGAAGAGGUGAGGAUGGACUCUCCGCUAGAGCCUGCGUGGGGAGUAUGGCCCCCAUGACACCUUGAUUUGGUAUCCAGAAUAAAUCUGUCAUCUUAGGCAUCAAGUUCGUGGUGAUUUGUUUUGGCAGCCCUGGAAAACUAACACAGAUGGCGCGUUGAAUCUGGGAAUAAACCUGAGUAUAGGGGGGAAGGUGUGAAGCCAUAAAGAAGUAAAUAACUUGCCCAUAAGAUGGAGGAGUUCUAGCAAUAGCAGAAUCUGGAUAAUAGACGUAGAGGUCUACCCCCAGGUAAGCACUGACGAUGCAGGAGAAGGAAGAAGGGGCUUGGAAAGUACACAGGACCGGAGCCGGCAGUCCUGGAAAGACACCCUUUUGGAGGGUGAGGGGGGCACCUCGGAAACCAGAGGUGAGGUGAAGGGAAGCACAAAAGGGGUAGACCCUCCAAGACUUACGAAAGCGAGGCUGGACCAGAGGAAGCCUGACCCCAUAAAGGUGCCGAACAGUCAAGAAUCUGUUUCUCAUCACAGCACCAGGAGGGGGAGCCCUUGAGAAACGUGGAAAACCAUCCAAGCCCCCUCCCUGCCCUACUCUUUAUCCAUCUCCUCCUGCUAGUAGUUGUUUAGGUAAAUCUAACAUGCUCAAAUACGAACAUUAAUAAAACUUCAGCAUCCUUAUGGGGAUAUAGUAAAAAAAAAUACCAAAAAUUCAAGCCACUGUAAUGCAAACAUUCCAACAUGAAUUAAAGAUAGACAAAACAGUGCAGAUGUGAGGACACCACAGAACAAAUGAAACAUUUCGUAGAGGUAGAUGUGAAAUGGAAACUUUGCAGGACUCAGCAAAGAAAUGAAAUAACAAGGAAAAAUUAUCUCACAAACCUAAAUUCAAGAUACACAAGGGUGAAGAUGUUCAACUGAAAAAAAAUAAAGGGAAAAACAUGAAAAAAAAGGAAAGUUAUAGUUAAGGAAAAGAGGUAAUGGAAAUUGAAUCAAAUUGGAUAUAGCUGAAGAAAAUACAACUAUAUUGAAUUUUGUAUUGAAGAGGAACUGGAGAAAAACAACGAAACAAACUAAUAUUUAAAAUAGUAAUUCAAUAAAAUUUCCUCCCCCGAAAGGAAAACACCCUGAAUAUAAAUUCUGUAAAGACACACUGUGUGCACGGCUGGGAAAAUUGACUCAAAAGUGUCAACUCUUAAGAAUAAAAACCCUAGUAAAAUUAUUAUGUCAAACUCUGGGAAAGGUGCUAGUAAAAAAAGAAAUCCUCUGGCCUCUAGGGAAAAAAGACAAGAUGGCUCAUAUAAUAAAGAGUAGAUGGCGUCAGCCUCUUAACAGUAGCGUGUAAUUCUAGGAAAUUGAUAAAAAGAAAUUGAACAAUUAGAAAACAAAACUCCUUUUGCCACUUUGGGAAUUUGCUAUUGGUGUCAGGUGUUUUGCUGUUCCUUGUAUUAUAAACCCCAUAUUGCAUUGUUAAUAUGGUUCUGUUUAGUCAGUAGGCUUUUGGAGAAAUCUAAAAAGAUGGUCUUCUACAUUUACCUACAUGUCGACUUUCUGGUACAGGAAAAUCAGGUGGAGGAGGACAUUUACUUGGCCACUAAUCUACGUUUGCGCCACCUUCUUAGGAAUGUGGAACAGGAUAGGGGAGUGGGCUUCCCCUCUGGCUGGUGCCUAGUAUUUCCAGAUGAAGUGCAGUGGGAUUCUCCUGGCCGCCAGUCCUCAACCUGGACAGGAACUGGGAGAUGAAUUCAGCUGCUUGGCACGCUCCAGCCUGCAUGACGUGUUGAUAAACGUCUGGCUGGGAGGGGGCUUUAUCUUAUCUUGCUGGCCCUUCCUCAGCUGCGGAUUGCCUGGGAGUCGGGUUGGUGGGCCUUCCCCAGCCUGGACAAACUGCUGGAAACUCUUUAGUUUUUGUGGUGGGGUGAGGUAAAGCCCCUCUUUACCUGCUGGAUCAUCCCCCAGCUUGGGACACAAGCAGUCAUUUGGGUUGGGUUUCAUCGUAAUUGUUUUAAAUUUGUAAGGCUUUAUAAUCCAGCAAUAUCCAUGCUAUGGUCACUACUCAUAGUAAAGGGCAUUAUUUACUUUUAAAUUAAAAGAGAAUGAAUUAAUUCUUUUGUUGAUAGUGAUUCUGUCAGCCUUUGUCAGAGACAUUCCUUUAGCCAUUGUCAGAAGGUACACCCGAACGCUAAAGUAUACAAAUAAGAAUCUGAAUAAAGUUGACUGCAAUAUUUACAGAGGUCCCCCGGGGGGAGGAUGAUCUGGCCCUUUUCUUGGCAGCUUUUCCCAUAUUCUACAUCUGACAGUAGAAAUCUCUUACGAGAUCAUUGAGAUAACAGUGGGAAAUUUGGGGUCUUACCAAUUACACCGAGUUAAUCCUGGCAUCUGCUCUGCCUGUGCCAUCAUAGGUUAUGGGAACAGAGUCUUUGGUGCCACCUAGCGGCUUUCUGCGGGAGCAACAAAGAUGGGGCUGAUUUUGAAAUAGGACCAAAUUUAGAAGCGCUUCCAGAGGAAUCUGGUUGGAUGAAGAAGAGCAGAGGUGCAUCCUGGGAACGUGAAACGCCUUGGUUUUGGUUCUUUGUGAGUUCUGGAGGCAGGAUCUUAAAACUUCUCACGGCCCUUUUCUUUAGCAUGUUCCGAGUUUGAGUUUGUUCUUUUCACUCCCUGCUGUUUAGUGGGAUUCCAGGGUUUGACCUUGAGAAUGGAGAGCCUCCUCACUGACAAUUUCUAAUGAAGAGAAUCUCAGAAGGGAAAGAAGAUGUUCCCUCUUCCCCUGCCAGUUUUGAAAAGCAGACUGUCCCCUGAGAGCAGUAGGCAGCUAGUCCAAAGAGCCUGUUCUGAUUAACGUGGGACUCUCAUCCUGUUCUGAUUGUGGUUUGCAAAUGGUAAAAGUAACAAAAGACCUUUAAGUCACCUGGGUUUCAGAGAAAUGUAGUCAUGUGCUGUUUAAAAACAUCUUUUAAAAAAUUGGCAGCCUUGCUUAAUUAUAUGUUGCGCUAGUAAUAACAUUUCAUUUGACAGCUCUGUUUUUAACAAUGAAGGUACAACUGUUUUUGAGUUAUCUGUAUUGGCCAGAAGAGCUUUGCAAUUUCCUUCUUCCUUCUCCUGUGACUACAAGUUUAAAUUAACAGUACAUGUUUCGUGUAUUUGGCUUUGGAAUCAUGUUUAUGUUAUAUACAACUAUGAAAUAAACAAUUUCAAUCAAAAUGAAAGCACAAUCCUUAAAAAUCAAAAGGAGAAUGUUUAAAAAUGAAACUGAUUACUAUGUAUCAAGUUGGUAGUUCUCUUGCACAGAGAGGUCUUAUUUUAAUUCUUUAAUUAGAUGACUUUAAAUAGGUGACUUUAAGUGACUUUUUUCACACAUGAGAAAAACCCAGUAUUUGAACGGACAUCGUUAGUGGGAUAUAUUCUAAGAACAAAAGAGAGCUGCAAAGAAAUUUUACUGUGUUCAAUAAUUAUGUUGUUAGUAAUAGCACUGGUACAGUUAUUGUGAAGAUAUAAAUGUAUUAUGUAUGUAUAUGCAAAUAAUUAUGUUAAUGUUGUUAGGAACCAAGAUUUUCAGCCUAAGUUAUAAGGCAUAAAAAUAUAAAAUCAAAAAAUUAAAGUCCUGUAGUCCUAAAUUUGAAUUACAGAUGCCAUUAUGAAUACAGGAUAUAUUUUCUCUCUGAAAAGCAUUAAUUUCUUAGCUAAAAUAUGAUCUAGAGAUAAUGAACAGCCCAGUAUCAAGGAACACCCCUAGUGUGGCUUCUCAAAUACCAUUUCUCAUUAAAAGGAACCAGGGCUCCUUGGAGAAACGGCUGAUUCCAGUUCUGGGGCAGGAAAUAUACAAGAUAAGCCUGGAAUAUCUUGUUGCAUCAGAAAGCAAAGAAACUAUCAAAGACUGCUGAAGACUCCAGGGAUCAUAUCAAAGGAACUCAGUGGCUCCCACCCUCUGGCCCAAAAAUGGAACAAUUUGAGCAUGGGAAGGAAUAAAAAUGAAGGAUUAAAGCAUCGAAUAUUAAAAUCCAUGAAUUCAUCAUUGGUUACAUUUGGAGGAUCCAGCUCAUAAUUUUGAAAACCGAUGAAGAGAAAGAGGAAAAAGUAGCAGGCACUGCUCCUGUCUUUCCUGUGCCAGCGGACCCCAUGGUAACCAAGUAGAUGAUAAGGGGAUUUAUAGAGGAUUUUCGUUAAUACGUGAAGAAAGAAUGAUAGAAUACCAUUAUUUUCUAACUCCUGAUUGUGGCAAGAGACAAUGAUCAUCAAUGACAGCUAAAAACCAUUUAGUGAAAAGCUGGCAGGGAUCUUUGUAAUGUAUGGAUAUUGUGUGCUUCUGAAGUGAUACAGUGUCAUCCAUAAGGUAUUCUUACAAAAAUUGUUAAUCUGAAUCUGAUCAAGCCUCCAUUUAACUGCCACUUUAUUGGAAAUACUAGGGACAGAGAAACCUUGUAUAAAUCAGGGUCCCAACAGGAAGCAGAUGGUACACUCAGGUUAGGAAAACAGGAAGAGGUUUUAUUACAAAGGUGAAGGCAAAGCGUGAAGGAUGUGUGGGAUCCUGGGAUGAGUGGUGUAGAGGCCUUUACCAGUAGGAGGGAGACAUUACCAGAACCUGGAAGGGGAGAGGGUUGUGUGGAGCAGCUGUCUUGAGAGGAAGUCACCUUCAGUCCAGAAGCACAGCCCAUCCAGGGUGGGCCUUGCAGGGAGGGAGUCGGGGAAAUAAGCACUCUGAUCACAUUCUUCUCCCUCCCUCCCACUCCUACCAGGGCUCCCUAUUGGCCAAACCCAGCUGAUGCCAGAAGGCAAGCGAGCCUGGCUGCUAUAGCCUCCUGGGGCAAAGCCCAGGGUGGACAAGGGUGGAAGGAGGAUCUGCAUGGGAGCAAGUGAGUAAAAUGUAUCACUAACAUUCUAACACCACAGGGUUGCCAUCAGCAAAAUCCAGCACACAGUAAAUUCUUCAGGACAAACAACCUUCUUUUCUUCCUUCCAUUAAAUAACCUGCAAAGAAAGGGGAGAAGGGGCAGGGUGGGGGAGAUUUAUCAGUUAAAUGACUUUUUCUCCCUUAACAAAUAGAUUUCAAAUAGAAAGAAGGGGACCUGUAAAUUAAGACAUUUGAGCUAAAACACAGUUAACGAAGUAUAGACCUGUGGGUCCUGAUUCUGACAAAUCAACUGGUAAACAAGAUCAGCUCCUGAAAAAAAUCUGGGAAAGUUGAACACUGUCUGGACAUGUGUUAUGUGAUUAUAUGAAAGAAUUAUUGAUAGAUUUUAAUUUUUAGAUAUGAUCGUGAUAUGGAGAGAGAGCAGCAGCUUAUAGAGAUACAGCCUGAAGUAUUUGCAGAUGGAAUGGUAUGUCUGGGAUUUGCUCCAGAAUAAACCAGGGGGUGGAGGGGAGUGGAGGGAGGCACAGAUGACAGAAGAGUGGCCAUGUGUUUAUUAUCAUGAAUGUGGAGGGUAGGUACAUAAGGGUGCUUUAUACUUCUCUCUCUGCUUUUGUCUGAAGUUUUCCAUUAAAAGAAACAAAAGUAACACUA